CGACCUCACGUGACCUCACGACCUCGGGGGACCUCAUGGAUCUGCCACUUUCGGAGCUGGAUUUGCAUGAUAUUGUUACUUUCGACCCGGAAAUAGGAGCUGGUUAAUGUGUGGAAGUUACAACUUGGGGGAUUUGUGCUUCCGUGGAGCUUCAAUUGAGGACCUUUGUUUGGAUUUCUCCCUCCCAGGCUACCCUGAGUAUAUCCUGAAACCGGGCAGUGAGAAUGUGGAUAUAAGUAAUUUGGGAGAUUAUGUUUCCUUUGUGGUAGAUGCUACUGUAGGAACUGGAAUCUUGCGGCAAAUAGAAGCAUUUAGAUCUGAUUCAACCAGGUUUGUUCUUAUGUUUGAUUUACCUAGUGUGAUAACAUGUGCCAAUUAUUUGAAGCUUCCACCAUAUUCAUCUAAGGAAAUUAUGUACAAGAAACUGCUUUACGCCAUUAGCGAAGGACAUGGAUCUCUUGAUUUGUCUUGAAAGUUGUCGAGCUUCUUCUGUAAAAUUAAUUUAUGUUCUGUUCUGUUCUGUUAUGCCCAUGAAUGAGAUUUAUGCGAAUGAGAUUUGUCUUGAAAGUUGUCGAGCU